AUGGCUUCAGGUGAGAUACCGGAGCCUGUGGAGGAGGCGCCCCGGAGGGUCGCAGCGGUUAACGUGGCUGUCCCGAGGGUCACGACAGAGCCCCUGAGGGCUCAUUCUUCCCGCUCGUCUCUUUUCGGGUCGGUUCUGUGCAGGUCUGUCAGCCGCAGGUGCCGUGCCCACCCCUCACACCUGCCUUCCCGCUACCGGGCCCGGUCACACCGGCAGCUGAAGAAGUUAGAUGAAGACAGUUUAACCAAACAACCUGAAGAAGUAUUUGAUGUAUUGGAGAAGCUCGGGGAAGGUUCCUAUGGCAGCGUGUUCAAAGCCAUUCAUAAAGAAACGGGUCAAGUUGUUGCAAUUAAACAAGUUCCGGUGGAAUCUGACCUGCAAGAGAUUAUAAAGGAAAUAUCCAUAAUGCAGCAAUGUGACAGUCCUCAUGUGGUGAAAUAUUACGGCAGCUAUUUUAAGAACACAGACCUGUGGAUAGUCAUGGAAUACUGCGGCGCUGGAUCUGUGUCUGAUAUUAUUCGAUUGCGAAAUAAAACUCUCACAGAGGAGGAAAUUGCUACAAUAGUGCAAUCAACAUUGAAAGGACUAGAGUACCUGCAUUUUAUGAGGAAAAUACACAGGGACAUCAAAGCUGGAAAUAUUUUGCUAAAUACAGAAGGACAUGCCAAACUUGCAGAUUUUGGAGUGGCAGGACAACUUACAGACACCAUGGCAAAGCGGAACACAGUUAUAGGGACCCCGUUUUGGAUGGCUCCAGAAGUGAUUCAAGAAAUUGGGUAUAACUGUGUUGCAGACAUCUGGUCUCUGGGAAUCACUGCAAUAGAAAUGGCUGAAGGCAAACCACCCUAUGCAGAUAUUCAUCCUAUGAGGGCAAUUUUUAUGAUUCCUACCAAUCCACCUCCAACGUUCCGGAAACCAGAGCUCUGGUCAGACAAUUUCACAGACUUUGUAAAACAGUGUCUUGUUAAGAGCCCGGAGCAGCGUGCCACUGCAACACAACUUCUGCAGCAUCCAUUUGUUAAAAGUGCCAAAGGAGUGUCAAUUCUGCGAGACUUGAUUAAUGAGGCAAUGGAUAUCAAGCUGAAACGUCAAGAGGCACAACAGCGUGAACUAGAUCAAGAAGAUGAAGAAAAUUCAAACCCCCUUUAUAGAAACUUUCUACUACACAAGAGCAACCGACAGAAACCUGAGGAAGAAGAUGAAACCGAUUCAGGCACCAUGGUGAGAGCGAGUGGAGACGAAACUGGUACUAUAAGAGCUGUCAACACGAUGAGUGAUGGAGCCAACACAAUGAUAGAACAUGAUGGCACGUUGGAAUCCCAGUUGGGUACAAUGGUCAUAAACACAGAGGAUGAAGAGGAGGAAGGCACCAUGAAAA